AUGACGGACUUUCACGAUAGGAGAUUUACACGUGUUUUGCAUGUCUUCGAGCAUAAACACCACGUGUCAGGCACGUGUUGGCCUUUGUCUAAUAUUUCUACUGGUUAUCAUACGUUGAGGGGCGAAUUCACCCGCUUCGGACCAUUAGUCGAGUACCAUAUUGCAACGCACAGUCGAACCGCCCUCGCAUUGCACUUCGGGCUCCUUACUGCAUCUCCUGGACACACUCCCAGACGUUGCAGCCUUAGCCGUGCCUCAAGGUGUCCUCUACUUUCUUGCGGUCACUCGCAGGCACCCCCUUCUCUAUCUUCCAUCCCCACUUUUCCCAUGGCCGUCCUCUACCUCCUGCACCGUCUCGCCGUCGCCACCACCGCCUCCCCCGAAGACCAACAUGCCGAGCUCUCCCCGUUCCACUUCCUCCCUGUCCCCAUCUUGCUGGUGCUCGCCGCCGCCUGCCUGGCUCUCGCCGCCUGCGUUGCCGGCCUCACCCUGGGCCUCAUGAGCCUAGACCCGCUCAGCCUAGAAAUCAUCAUGCAGAGCAACGACCCCGUCUCCGCCGCCGCCGCCCGUCGUGUCAAGCCUGUGCGCGAGCAGGGCAACCUGCUGCUCGUCACCCUGCUCUUUGCAAACACCCUCGCCACGGAGCUGCUCCCGCUCGUCCUCGAGGCCCUUGUCCCCGGCGGCUACUUCUCGCUCAUCGUCUCCGUCAUCUCCAUCAUGCUCUUCGGCGAGAUCAUUCCGCAGGCCGUGUGCUCCAGGCAUCCGCUGCUCACGGGGUCGAGCAUGAUCGGCUUUGUCAGGGUCCUGCGCUUUGUGCUGUAUCCGUUCACCUUCCCCAUUGCCUACGUGCUCGACGCGUGGCUGGGGGAGGAGCUUGGCACCAUUUACAACCGCGAGGAGCUCAAAGGCCUCAUCAAUGUCCAUGAGAGUAACGCCGUCCUCACGCACGACGAGACCACCAUCCUCAAGGGAGCUCUCGAGUUCUCGCAGAAGAAGGUCUCCAGUAUAUGCACGGAAGCACGUUAUGUGUUUCGCCUCGACAUCGACUCACACCUAGAUAGGGACACCUUGCUGCGCAUAUUGCGCAGCGGACACUCUCGCAUCCCCUUGUAUGAGUCUUCCCCGAAUAACAUCGUAUGCUUGCUUUUGGUCAAGCAGCUCGUCUUGGUCAACCCCGACGACGAGCUGCCCAUUCGCUCCCUAAUUUCGAAGAAGCAGCGCAACCACAAGGUCCGUGUCGCCCCCGCGCUCGAGUGUGUGGGGAAUACCCUCAUUUCUGACCUGCUCAACGAAUUUCAGAACGGGAGGAGCCAUAUGGCCGUCGUGUAUGACGAUAUUUCCAAGCCGUCGAAGGAUCGCCAUUUUGUAGGCAUCGUGUCAAUUGAGGAUAUCAUUGAGGAAAUCCUGCAGGAGGAGAUUCUUGAUGAGACGGACGCUUUUGUGGACAACACGAGCCGCAAGCACGUGCUGGUGCGCAAUGGGGAAGGCCAUCUUGUGAGAAGGACCGUGGGUCCGUCCGCGAUUCUGCAUAAGAACAAGAGGGCGAAGACAAUCUUGGUCAAGGAUAUCAACGUGCCAUUGUUGAUGAAGCCCUUGGGAGAAACGGAGUCUGGAGAAAAGAUUCGGCCGGAUUGGAAGACGGCAAAGCACAUGAAGAAGAUCACAACUUCGUCCGAUUCGUCCUUGCAGCCGCCGCUAGAAGAUGUACAAGCAGAUAUCGACUCAGUGAUAGAACUGUCACCUUCGCUGGGGCCCAGCGCCAUCCCCGCAGAAGACUUGAGCGGUCUGAAUGGGAAGGCACUGGGGCCGCCCUCGCCGACUCUAAAUGAUGGCAAGCCAACGGGAGUACAGUCUGGCCACGUGCAGAUGCAAUACGUGCGAAUGCCAGGGUACUCUUCAUCUUCGCUUUUCGGAGAGGACGAUAAUAUUAUCCCCGAAGAUGUUGCAUCGAGAGACUUUCAAGCAUCCUCGAGCGACAGGACUAGGGAGGCAGUCUCAGAUGGGACGCCUACAGCAUCGAAGAGUACUGCAAGCAGAAAGAGGGCGAUGGCAGGUGUGCACAUGAAGUUGAGGCCCCUCCCAGAGGAUGCGACAGCCGAGAGGGAUUACAUGCCUCCACGUAAGCGGACGACCAAUGCGAAGAGUGCCGGACAAAGCCCACUACUGUCGAAUAGAUCGUAUGGGUCUCUGGACAUGGGGGGUAGCGAGGGGGAUGCAGAGUCAAUUUGA